GCCCUUCCCUGUCUUCCCCCGAAACUCCGUGAAUCGUGCGGAACUGGCGUCGGCCGCAGGUUUUGGUUGCUUUCCGUCCUCCUGAUUCACGUACGAGAAAGCGAGAAACAGAGAAAGUUCUCCAGCGACAAGGACGCACACUGAGAGGGAGACAAGGAAAACGAGCGAAAACCAGCACGCGAACUUGACGGCAUCCUCCGGUAUUUUCAUCUGGGUCAACGGAAUCUUCCCUAUAAGAAAUGCUCCCCUCCGUGAAGUCCUCCCUCGCCCCGGAGCCCCGCGAUCGCCCGGCCGCCGGUCCCGGGAAGCAGAACAACGGUGCCGCCGCCGCCCCGCGCGUCGGGUCGUCCUUGAGCGCCGCCGGGGGAUCGGCCGGUGUUUCGGACAUGGCGAAGAAGAAGAUCGUGACGGGCGAUGCCGGUUACAUCCUUGAAGACGUCCCUCAUUUCUCCGAUUACCUUCCCAAUCUCCCUAGUUAUUCUAAUCCGCUACAAGAUAAUCCUUCAUAUUCGGUUGUGAAGCAGUACUUUGUCCAUGUUGAUGACACGGUACCCCAAAAGGUUGUCGUCCACAAGGACAGUCCAAGAGGAGUACAUUUCCGACGGGCAGGGCCGCGUCAACGGGUUUAUUUUGAGGCCGAUGAUGUUCAAGCAUGUAUUGUUACAUGUGGAGGUCUCUGUCCAGGCCUCAACACGGUGAUCAGGGAAAUUGUUUGCGGGCUGUACCAUAUGUAUGGUGUCAGGAGAGUUCUUGGCAUAAACGGUGGCUAGGGUUUCUAUGCUCGAAAUACAGUUCCUUUGGAUCCAAAGAUCGUAAAUGAUAUCCAUAAACGUGGAGGAACCAUCCUCGGGACAUCGCGCGGUGGUCAUGAUACGAAGAAGAUAGUUGACAGCAUCCAAGAUAGGGGAAUCAACCAGGUCUAUAUAAUCGGCGGUGAUGGAACUCAGAGAGGGGCAUCUCUGAUAUUCGAGGAAGUUAGACGGCGAGGUCUGAAAGUAGCGGUGGCCGGUAUCCCCAAGACCAUCGAUAAUGACAUUCCAGUUAUUGACAAGUCUUUUGGCUUUGACACUGCCGUUGAGGAGGCUCAGCGUGCUAUCAAUGCUGCCCAUGUUGAAGCUGAGAGUGUCGAGAACGGUAUUGGUGUGGUAAAGCUGAUGGGCCGCAACAGCGGAUUUAUUGCGAUGUACGCUACUCUCGCAAGCCGCGACGUGGACUGUUGCUUGAUUCCGGAGUCGCCCUUUUACCUUGAAGGCGCAGGUGGGCUUUUUGAGUACAUAGAGAAACGACUGAAGGAAAAUGGGCACAUGGUCAUUGUGAUUGCCGAAGGAGCUGGACAAGAGCUCAUGUCCCAGAGCAACCAAUCCCUGGAUAACGGUAAGGAUGCUUCUGGCAACAAGCUCUUCCAAGACGUCGGCCUGUGGAUCUCCCAGAAGAUUAAGGAUCAUUUUUCCCAGCGGGGUAAGAUGGGCAUAACCCUCAAAUACAUAGACCCUACGUAUAUGAUCCGCGCCAUACCAAGCAUCGCCUCCGACAAUGUGUACUGCACGCUUCUCGCUCAAAGUUGCGUUCAUGGAACAAUGGCGGGCUACACUGGCUUCACUUCAGGACUCGUCAAUGGAAGACAGACAUACAUACCUUUCUAUAGAAUUACAGAGAAGCAGAACAAUGUCGUGAUAACGGAUCGGAUGUGGGCGAGGCUCCUGUCUUCAACCAACCAGCCUAGCUUCUGGAGUCCCAAAGACGUGAUCGAGGACAAAAGAGAAGAAGAGCCGCCGACAGAGUUGCUAGAUGACCGAAGCUGCUGCGCCGAGAAUGACUUGGUCGGCCUCGGUAAAGGGACCGGUUAAAGUAAUGCCGAUAAUUCUAUGAGCACGUAAGUUUGUCUGUAAUACAUUGAUUUGGCAGAUCUAAAUAAUCCGUUUGUAUAUAGUUAUUUGUGCGCUUAGAGAGACUUAAUAUGCCGUGGUCAAUGCUUGCUCGGUGUAAUCUCUUAGAGGUUGAGUUGCAAUAAAAA